AUGGCACCCAAAGGGCUCUGGUCAAAAUUUGCUCGGGUGUGGAUCCCUGAUGCAGAUGAGGUGUGGAAGUCAGCAGAGCUCACUAAGAACUACAAACAUGGAGAUUCCACCCUACACCUCACACUGGAGGAUGGAAUGGACAUUGAGCACAAGCUGGAUGAUAAGACAAAGAACCUUCCUCACCUGCGGAACCCUGACAUCCUGGUGGGGGAGAAUGACCUCACAGCUCUUAGCUACCUGCACGAGCCGGCCGUCCUGCACAACCUUAAAGUCCGCUUCACCGACUCCAAACUCAUCUACACAUACUGUGGUAUUGUGCUGGUGGCCAUUAAUCCCUAUGAGAACCUUCCCAUCUACGGUAGUGACAUCAUCAAUGCGUACAGCGGCCAGAACAUGGGAGACAUGGACCCUCACAUCUUCGCUGUGGCUGAGGAGGCUUACAAACAGAUGGCCAGAGAUGAGAGGAACCAGUCUAUAAUCGUAAGCGGUGAGUCAGGAGCAGGGAAGACUGUGUCAGCUAAAUAUGCCAUGCGCUACUUUGCUACGGUCAGUGGAGCAGCCACAGAGGCCAACGUAGAGGAGAAGGUCCUCGCAUCCAACCCCAUCAUGGAGGCGAUAGGAAACGCUAAGACGACUCGUAACGACAACAGCAGUCGUUUCGGGAAGUACAUUGAGAUCGGCUUCGACAAACGCUACCGUAUCAUUGGAGCUAACAUGAGGACAUAUCUACUGGAGAAGUCCAGAGUGGUGUUUCAGGCGGACGAGGAGAGGAACUAUCAUAUCUUCUACCAGCUGUGUGCGUCCUCCCAUCUACCAGAGUUCAAGAAUCUGAAGCUAGGUAGUGCUGAUGUCUUCCACUGCACCAACCAGGGCCGGAACCCGGUCAUCGAUGGAGUCGACGAUGCUAAAGAGAUGUGCACAACACAACAUGCCUUCUCACUGCUAGGCAUCAACGAGUUGAACCAGAAGGGGCUGUUCCAGGUCCUGGCUGCCAUCUUACAUCUGGGCAACGUGGAGAUCAAGGACCGAGACUCUGACAGCAGCAUCAUACCUCCCAAUAACCGCCACCUGACGGUGUUCUGUGAGCUGAUGGGCGUGACCUACCAGGACAUGUCUCAUUGGCUGUGCCACAAGAAGCUGAAGACAGCCCAGGAGACCUACAUCAAGCCCAUCCCUCGGCUGCAAGCCUCCAAUGCCCGCGACGCGCUCGCCAAACACAUCUACGCCAAAGUCUUCAACUGGAUCGUGGACCAUGUCAACAAAUCUCUGCGCGCCACCGUCAAACAGCACUCCUUCAUAGGAGUCCUGGAUAUCUAUGGGUUUGAGACGUUUGAGAUCAACAGUUUUGAACAGUUCUGUAUCAACUAUGCUAACGAGAAACUGCAACAGCAGUUUAACAUGCAUGUGUUCAAGCUGGAGCAGGAGGAGUAUUUGAAGGAGCAGAUUCCCUGGACUCUGAUAGACUUCUAUGAUAACCAGCCAUGUAUCAACCUCAUAGAGGCCAAGAUGGGGGUACUAGACCUGCUGGACGAAGAGUGCAAGAUGCCUAAAGGUUCAGAUGACUCGUGGGCCCAGAAGCUGUAUAACACCCAUCUGAAGACCUGCUCUCUGUUUGAGAAACCUCGCAUGUCCAACAAAGCCUUCAUCAUACAGCACUUCGCUGACAAGGUGCAGUACCAGUGUGAUGGCUUUCUGGAGAAGAACAAGGACACAGUGAAUGAAGAGCAGAUCAAUGUCCUGAAGGCCAGCAAGUUGGACCUGCUAGUGGAGCUGUUUCAGGAUGAGGAGAAAGUGACCAGUCCGACAGGGACCGCUCCAGGAGGUCGAACACGACUCAGUGUCAAACCAAAACAGAUCAGAUCUGCUGGAGCAAGCAGCAAGGAGCACAAGAAGACUGUUGGCUGCCAGUUCCGGAACUCUCUGGCUAUGUUGAUGGAGACUCUGAAUGCGACCACUCCUCACUAUGUUCGCUGCAUCAAGCCCAACGACCUCAAGUUCCCCUUCACGUUUGACCCUAAGCGAGCGGUGCAGCAGCUCAGAGCCUGUGGUGUUCUGGAAACCAUCCGCAUCUCAGCCGCAGGCUUCCCAUCCAGGUGGACCUACCAGGAGUUCUUCAGUCGUUACCGGGUUCUGAUGAAGCAGAAGGACGUCCUGUCGGACAGGAGGCUGACCUGUAGGAAUGUCCUGGAGAAACUGGUGCAGGACCAGGACAAGUACCAGUUUGGUAAGACGAAGAUCUUCUUCAGGGCUGGUCAGGUUGCCUACCUGGAGAAGCUGAGAGCUGAUAAGCUGAGGAAGGCGUGCGUCCGCAUCCAGAAGACCAUCCGCUGCUGGCUGGUACGCAAGAAGUACCUCCGCAAGAAGCAUGCUGCCAUCACCAUCCAGAGAUACACCCGCGGACACCAGGCCCGCUGUCUGGUCAAGUACAUGCGUCAGACCCUGGCAGCCAUCACUAUCCAGAAGUUCCAGAGGAUGUGUGUUCAGAGGAAACUGUACCUACAGAAGCAGGCUGCUGCCCUGGUCAUGCAGACUAUCCUCAGAGCAUACAUGGCCCGACAGAAAUACCAAGGGUUGCUGCGUAACCACAAAGCUGUGUUCAUCCAGAAACACGUGCGUGGCUGGCUGGCCAGACAGCGGUACAAGCGAUCCCUGCGAGCCAUCGUCUAUCUGCAGUGCUGCAUCAGGAGGAUGAAGGCCAAGAAAGAGCUGAAGAAGCUGAAAAUCGAGGCCCGCUCCGUUGAACAUUUCAAGAAACUUAACGUUGGCAUGGAGAAUAAGAUCAUGCAGCUGCAGAGGAGGUUAGAUGAACAGGCUAAAGACAACCGUGUGACUAGCGAGCGGCUGAGCUGUCUGGAGACGUCCCACGCGGUGGAGAGUGACAAGCUGAAGGUAGAGGUGUCUAAGCUGAAGGGGAUAGAAGAGGAAGCCAAGAACAACGCCAACCGUGUCACUUCCCUUCUGGAGGAGCUGGAGAGGCUGAGGAAGGAGCUGACCACCACCCAGAAAGAGAAGAAGACCAUAGAGGACUGGGCUACCAAGUACAGGGAUGAGAUGGAAAAGAUGGUAGCAGAGCUGAAGCAGCAGAAUGGUCUGCUGAAGACCGAGAAAGACGACCUGAACCGAAUGAUCAAGGAACAGAGCCAGCAGAUGACAGAGAAAAUGACUCGUGCAUUAGCGGAGGAGACUCAGCAGUUGGAGAGCGAUCUGAACGAGGAGAGGUCUCGCUACCAGAACCUCCUUACAGAACACCUGAGACUGGAGGAACGCUACGACGACCUCAAGGAAGAAAUCACUCUCUCUGUGAGCGUGCCCAAGCCCGGCCACAGGAGAACAGACUCCACCCACAGCAGCAACGGAUCAGAGUGCACCUACAACUCCGAGUUCGCCGAAUCAGAAGAAAGUUCCCGACAUGGAGAAGUGAGUGGGGCGGGACUUAGAAAGGAACUUCCUCUCACCACGUCUCUGACUCUGAAGCUGCAGAAGCGCGUGACCGAGCUGGAGCAGGAGAAAUCCUCUCUCCGCAACGAGCUAGAAAACAAGGAGGAGCAGUUCCAGCGGGCUAGAGUCAGGGAUGAUGAGGAGCAUAAGAAAUCACGUGGAGCAGAACUGGAGUACGAGUCUCUCAAGCGCCAGGAGCUGGAUUCCGAGAACAAGAAGUUGAAGCACGACCUGACCGCCAUGAGGCAGAGCCUGCUGGGUAAUGCAGGCGCUGGGGCGGGGGCACCAGGAAGUCCACCCUACAAAGUUCUCAUGGACCAACUGAACUCCUCGUGCGAGGAGCUGGAGGUGCGGAAAGAGGAGGUGCUGAUUCUACGAUCUCAACUGGUCUCACAGAAGGAGGCCAUGCAGCACAAGGAUGAGAAGGAGACAAUGACAGAGCCAGUGCACUAUGCAGAGGAUGUCCAUAAGAUGAAGGACUCUGGUGCAAUCACUCAGGCUUAUCUAGGACUCAAAGAGACCAACAGACUGUUGGAGGGCCAGAUGCAGCAGCAGCGGCGUAGCUAUGACAACGAGGUGGAGGUGUUGCGAGGGGAGUUACAGAGUGUUAAAGAGGAGAAUAACCGUCAACAACAGCUGCUGGCCCAGAACCUGCAGCUCCCACCAGAGGCACGCAUAGAGGCUAGUCUACAGCAUGAGAUCACACGACUCACCAACGAAAACCUGGACCUCAUGGAACAGCUGGAGAAGCAGGAUAAAACUAUCCGUAAGCUUAAGAAACAGCUGAAGGUGUUCUCGAAGAAGAUUGGAGAAAUGGGAGCUGGCCAUGUUGAGACUAUAUCUCCGGGUCAGAUGGUUGAAGAGACGGUCCGUCCGGUGAACAUUCCUCGUCGCGAGAAAGACUUCCAGGGAAUGUUGGAGUACAAGAAGGAGGAUGAGCUGAAACUGGUUAAGAACCUCAUACUGGAGUUGAAGCCUCGUGGUGUAGCGGUAAAUCUGAUCCCAGGCCUGCCAGCCUACAUCCUCUUCAUGUGUCUGAGGCAUGCUGACUAUGUCAACGAUGACCAGAAGGUCAGGACGCUGCUCACAUCCACCAUCAACAGCAUCAAGAAGAUACUCAAGAAACGGGGGGAUGACUUUGAGACGGUCUCCUUCUGGCUGUCCAACACCUGCCGCUUCCUACACUGUCUCAAACAGUACAGCGGUGAUGAGUCGUUUAUGAAGCACAACACUCCUAAGCAGAAUGAUCACUGCCUGUCUAACUUUGACCUGGCUGAGUACCGUCAGGUCCUCAGUGACCUGGCCAUUCAGAUCUACCAGCAGCUCAUCAAAUGCAUGGAGAACAUCCUACAGCCCAUGAUUGUCUCUGGUAUGUUGGAGCAUGAGACCAUCCAGGGUGUGUCGGGGGUUAAGCCGACCGGUCUGCGUAAACGGACAUCGAGCAUCGCUGACGAGGGAACCUACACGCUGGAAUCCAUCUUACGUCAGCUCAGCGCUUUCCACUCCACCAUGUGUCAGCACGGCACCGACCCUGAACUCAUCAAACAGGUUGUGAAGCAGCAGUUCUACAUCAUUGGAGCUGUGACUCUCAACAAUCUGCUGCUGCGUAAAGACAUGUGCUCCUGGAGCAAAGGCAUGCAGAUCAGGUAUAACGUGAGUCAGCUGGAGGAGUGGCUGCGUGACAAGUCUCUGAUGCUGUGUGGAGCCAAGGAGACUCUGGAGCCUCUGAUUCAGGCUGCUCAGCUGCUGCAAGUCAAGAAGAAGACGGACGAAGACGCCGAGGCCAUCUGCUCCAUGUGCAACAGCCUGUCCACAUCUCAGAUUGUAAAGGUGUUGAACCUGUACACUCCAGUCAACGAGUUUGAAGAGAGGGUGUCUGUUACCUUCAUACGAACCAUACAGACUCGUUUGCGGGACCGCUGUGAGACUCCUCAGCUGUUGAUGGACACUAAGAUCAUCUACCCAGUCACCUUCCCUUUCAACCCCUCCUCUCUGGCCCUGGAGACUAUCCAAAUACCAGGCUCCCUCAACCUAGCCUUCCUUACCCGCGUCUAACACAUACACGACUAAUAGAUAGGCUAUACAUAGGCAUGCAAUCACAUGCAUACACAAACCAUUCUCUUCCUAACACAUCCAAACACUUACAUACAGUACACACACACACAUACACACGCUCAGCUUCCACCCUACGGUAGUCUUUAUGUCAGUAGUUGAAAGCCCAUCCUCCUCCGCGUGUACAAAUGCUCAACUCUAAGAGAAUGCACCGCUACAGGCCACCUUUUCUCCUAUCUUACCCCCUUUUACUAAGCUACACUCCCCACCUACAACCCCAUUUAAGACCGAGUACCGUGUUCCCCCAGUCCUCUUUUCUCCUCUUUGUUCUCUUCUCAAUAGUGUAGUGUUUUCUAGCAGUCCGGUUCUCCCAUAGGAAUGUAUUACGGUACACUUAAGCUAGCUGUCCAGGGCUAGCAUCACAGCUAGCUAGCUCCUUCAGCUAAGCUCAGCUAGCAUCUGUUGUGUUAUGAUAGGAUGCUAGCGCUUCUACAGUUAUCUAGCUAGC